AUGCCGAAAUUCUUCUGCGACUACUGCGACGUCUACCUGACGCACGACUCGAUGAGCGUGCGCAAGGCGCACAACACCGGGCGCAACCACCUCCGCAACGUCGUCGAAUACUACCAGCAAAUCGGGCACGAGAAGGCGCAGAGUGUCAUUGACUCGAUCACAAACUCAUACAACGACGCUGGACAGAGCACAAGCAAUCCGAUGCUGCAGAACGCGCCGGGUAUGCCAGGAAUGGGAGGGCCACCGGGAAUGGGAGGGCCUCCUGGAGGACCGCCUGGGUAUGGGGGGCCGCCGAUGCCUGGAGGGCCGCCAGGGUUUGCAGGGAUGCCGCAGGGCAUGCCACCACUUCCACCAGGAUUUCCAGCACUACCACAAGGCAUGCCUCCAGGCUUCGGUCCUCCUGGCCAAGCUGGCUCGCCUGGCCAAGGCAACAUGCCACCCUUCCCACCGCCGAAUAUGCCCCAAGGGAUGCCGCCGGGAAUGCCACCUAUGCCUCCGCAUUUUCAGCCAGGCAUGUAUCCUCCCCAGCAGAGCCCCGCGCCAGGACCAGGGUCACGUGGAGGAGGUCCGCCAGGGUAUCCACCGCAGAUGAGUCCGCCUCCGCAUAUGCAGGGGAGGUAA